CGCUGGAAUGCCAUGUGUCGCUCCUGCUGUGAGUAUGAGCUGAUCCGUUGUAAAUGUCCAUCUCAGAGGACACGGGUGGGCUACGCUGUGCCCUGCUGCCGUAACGACAUCCACCAGUGUGACCCCUGCAUCAUCCACCAGGGUAUGACUGAGUCUGUGCAGAGUCUGUGGCUGGGUGGGAAGUGAUCCAAUCAGAUUUAUUCAGACCAAACACUGUUAGAAAAAGCUGCUUUACAAGUACAUAUUUGGUAGCUACUGAGACUAAAAGUACAAAUGACAUACCCCUAUGGGUACUAACCUAGUGACCAUCCUAGUUAGUUUGUUUGUUAGUUUAUCUAUCUAUCUAUCUAUCUAUCUAUUAAAUUCUCCUUUCUUACAGGUCCCUAAGCUACUGCUUAUACCUACAAAUGGCCAUGCUAGUUAUAAACAUUGCUAAUUUUUUUUCCUACCAGUUUACAGCUGAGUGCAAAAGAUGGACUAGCUUUCACUAUUUCAUUGCAUCAAGUAUCAUAAUUGGUCAACGACAUAUGUCAAUAUUUUAACAAUGAAAAAAUAAAAUGUGGGAUGUGCAUCUAAAAACUUUUGUCUCUUGUUUCAUAUAUUUCUGAAUGAUGGAUUCUGAAUGAAUCUUCUACAUCUCUAUUUUUAGGUAUAGUCCUUGUUUUGGGUGUAGUCAUAACGAUAAAUAAAUUGCUAAAAAAAGGUUAUAUAAACAGUGAGUCAAUGAGGGAGUGCAGGUGAAAGUUCAGAUGACCUGGAAGUGGCCUAGUAUUCUGGUGAUGGGGAUCUCUGGUGGUGUGGGAUGGAACUGACAGGUGAGACAGGUUACAGAUGAUUGCUAUUAUUUUAUUGCCUUGACUGCAAUCUGCUUUGCAACCUGCUUGAGAGUUUGAACCUGUACAAACCUUUGUUACCUUGCAGCAAUGUGUUGACAAUUCUAGGUUACUCAACACCUUAGUUUGGCACAUUCUACUAAAUUAAUGAGCACUCUAUGAGGAUACACACUUUUGAGCUUGCUAUGUCACCACAUUAAGGCUGCAAUGUGUUUGACAACUGUAAGAGAUGUAAUAAUGGCACAUGGCAGGCAAAGGAUGAUUUCUACGUCAAUGGAAGAAUGUGGAGAAGUAAUACGGAGGCCUCAAGGUCAUGUGACCCUGGAGAGUUAUCCAGUCAAUGCCGAAUGUGACUGGACGCUACAUGUGAGCAGAGGGUUGGCCAUGGAAUUCAGGUUUACAAUGCUUAAUCUGGAGUUUGAUCACAGGUGUCGCUACGACUUUGUAGAGCUCAGAGAUGGUGACAGCAUUCACUCGCCUCUGAUUGGCCGAUACUGUGGAGACAAAAUCCCGCCACCAAUCAGGAGCUCAGGAGACUCACUGCAUAUCCAUUUUGUGUCUGAUGGCUAUAAUAAUUAUGAUGGUUUCUCUGCUACGUUUCAGGAACUCUCAGUGUGCAGCCCCAAUCCUUGUAUGAACGGCGGUAUUUGCUCACUGGAUACAUUUAAAACUUUCCACUGUGCUUGCCAAGCAGGUUUCACAGGCCUACAGUGUGAGAACAAAGCUGGCUGUGUAACCCCUCAGAAGCCUGCUCAUGGGGACCGUUUCCUGCAGUAUGAGAAUGGAAACAUUGCCACUGGAGUUCAGUACCUCUGCUAUAAACCUUACAAGCUCAGAGGAGUCUCAAGGAGGAUCUGCCUGUCCAACGGUACCUGGAGUGGGACAGCUCCCACAUGCACCAGGGACACAGACGUCAUUAGAAAACAAUGUCCUCCAUUAUCACAACUACAUCAUGGAUACUUCUUAAAAGUUAUUGGCUCAGAUGGUGCUAUCAAGAGCGUGGAAUUUUCCUGCAAUAAGUCUUAUGUUCUCAGUGGAAACUCCAAAAGAACAUGCCAGCUCGAUGGCACCUGGAGUGGCAGGCAGCCACAGUGUAUCAAAGCUUGUCCGGAACCAAGGAUUUCAAAGCUAGUGCGUCAGAAGAUCUUGAAGCCCCAACUUUCUUCAAGAAAGAGUCCACUACACAGGCUGUACUCCUCCCUCCACCCUCAUGAAAGAGAAAGCAGCAGCAGUAUAGAGAUAGCGCAGGGUGAAUUACCCACUGGUUUCCACCACCUCUACACAAGCAUAGAGUAUGAGUGCAUCUCUCCUCUGUACUGGUACUCUGGAAGUGCACGCCGUACGUGUCUAAAAACUGGGAAGUGGAGUGGACGGCAUGUCACCUGUUUACCAGUGUGUGGUAAGCUCUCAUCCAAACCCCAGAACCUGGCACAAACCCAUUGGCCAUGGCAUGCAGCCAUAUACCUCCGUCCCUCUGACCACACCAGUCCCUUUACAGGGAGGACCAACAGGCAAGGGGACGUGUUUUCCGAAGAUGACUAUGACGACUGGCACCAGAAGAGCAUGGAGGAGACGUGGCAUCUGGUGUGCAGUGGUGCUUUGGUGAGCCAGCAUGCUGUCCUGGUGCCAGCACACUGUGUAACUGAGCCUGGACAGUCUCUACCCAACAACAUGGCUGAUCUAAAAGUAGUGCUGGGAGAGAAUAAGAGGCUUCAGCACAUGAAGGUCUCAGAGAUCCUGGUUCAUCCCAGCUAUGAUUCUACUAGGUUUGACUCAGACCUAGCUAUACUGAAGCUGGUGGAGAAGGCGAGGAUCAGCGAGAUUGUUUCCCCUGUGUGCUUGCCUCGUCUGCAGGGAGGGGAGCUAAGUGUGAACCAGGCCUAUAUCACCGGCUGGUCUGUAGCAAGAAAGCAUGAAACACACUCUCAAGUGGCUCAGACUGGAAUGAUUGAACUAACCGAUGUGUUGCAGUGUGAAAGACAGUAUACUAAACAAGGGCUUCCCAAUAGCAUUACUGAUAAUAUGUUGUGUGGGAGGCAACAUCCUAUCAGCUCCAGUACAGUCUGUCCUGCCAGAUCAGGGGGAAUCAUACUUGUACCUACUAUGCCACAGCACAGGAGAGCAGAGGAAAGUGUCUCGGAGUCUAUCUGGGAACUUCUGGGCCUGGUGAGCUUUGGCUACAAUCUGCAAAAUUGUAAUCCACACUUGUACACUGUAUACACUCGAGUGGCCAACUUUAAGAACUGGAUUGAGAAUAACUUAAAGUAAUAUUAUUUGCUAAACAUACAGAUGUGACAAAUCAGGUCAUGGACAAUAGUGAUGAAACUCAUUGACUGUACAUGGUAUGAUUUUAUAAGUUAUGAACUGCUGAUGUCAGGUGAUAUUGAGAGAUGUCCAGAAGGAAACAAUACUACUACUCAAAAGACGGUGCUGUACAAAUUCUGACACAUUCUGGCUCCAAGCUGGUCUUUACAGUCUUUCUACAACGACUCUCAUUUUGUCUUUAGACAAUGUGUCACACACAUAAUAAGUGCCUUAGCGUAAUCAUAAAUCUUGAAGUGCAUCACUGCAAGCCUGAUAUCAUGAGAUGAUAGUGUAUUGCCAAACUUGUUUGUACCUUUACACGCACAGACAAGAAUCUUUUGUCUGAUUGUUAUAAGAUAUAUAGAAAAAAAGGCCUCAAUCAUAUUCAACUGCUUCCAACCUAUACAGUUUCAGUAGCAUUUCAGCAGAAUUUCCUUCUGAUCCACUGCCCAUUCGUUCAGAUCUCAGGUUCCUGAUAUAUUAUAAAGGCUCUUAAGGUCCAUAUGCUCAUCUUUUGUCUCUGUGUAUGAUCCACAGGGUGCUUAUACAUCUCUUCCCACGUUUAUUUGGCUUGAUCAGUAGUCUGAUGUUGCCUGGAUCAGUAGUCCAAUUACAUGCAGACCACCUCACAGUUUCACAUUAAAUAAUGAAAAUCAAUUAAAAAAUUCAAACUGUGGGGAGGCCUAUGAUCAAUCUAAAGCAAGAGUAGACAAAUUUCUUUCCCACAGCACCAGAUCACUUGGGCCAGGAAUUGAUUCAGUUUGCGCUCCUGAUUCCUGCAAUAUGACUCAUAGAGCAGACAACAAGAAUACUAGUAUAACAAGUAUACAUGGUAAUUCAAAGCAAAAACCAACACUGAGCAAGCUUUUAUUUAAAAAUUAAAAAUAGCACAUGUGCGGUCUCUUAUGUUUUAAUCAUGGCCUAAGGCCCACAGCCUUUUCACAAGCCAAAACUCACAAUGUUUUAGUUCUGAUUAUUAAGAAUUAACGUCAGCCCCAAUGAUUAAUGCUUUAAAAUCUGCACGAAUGGGUUGGGUAAAAGAGCUCAAUAUUGUAUUCUGUACCAUCAUCCAUCAUUACACGUUUAAACCAAAACACAUGGCAAUAAAACUUUUUUUAACCCAG